AGAAAGAUGUCUGGACGCGGAAAGGGAGGCGGUAAAGUCAGAGCGAAGGCAAAGACCCGAUCCUCUCGGGCCGGUCUUCAGUUCCCCGUGGGUCGUGUCCACAGACUCUUGAGGAAAGGAAACUAUGCUCAGCGUGUCGGUGCUGGAGCCCCCGUGUAUCUGGCGGCCGUGCUCGAGUACCUGACCGCUGAGAUCCUGGAGUUGGCCGGCAAUGCUGCCCGCGAUAACAAGAAGACCCGUAUCAUCCCCCGUCACCUGCAGCUGGCUGUCCGCAACGACGAGGAGCUGAACAAGCUGCUUGGAGGAGUGACCAUCGCCCAGGGAGGAGUGCUGCCUAACAUUCAGGCUGUGCUGCUGCCCAAGAAGACGGAGAAGGCCGCCAAGAAGUAAACACUGACCUGAUAAAUAACAAAAGGCUCUUUUAAGAGCCACCCACUACAACUCAAGGAGGAAUCCUAUUCUUUCUGUAAGAUUAACUUUCAAUGGUGGUCAAUGCAUCAUAAAUGACAUUAGGCACCAUAUCUGAAACUAUAAACAUAGAUAUAGUAUUACAUAUACAGGGGAUGAGAGAACAUUACCUUUGCUUAAUGGUGUACAGUAAUGUAACUAGGGGAAUGUUAUUUGCCAUAUGGAUCACUUUCAUUGCAUCAAGAAAUGUAUUUCUUCCUGAUCUCAAGUCAAAUUACAUAUUGAUAUAACUA